AUGCGGUCGUCGUGUGCUCAUCAUCAUCACUCGUGCAGCAGCACGGUAGCAUCAUCUACAUCUUCUUCAUCUUCUCCUUCUUCGCGUGCCGCAAAAUCGCACCUGACUGGAAGAAGAAGCCAUCGUCAUCCUUCUCAAAGAAAGAGCAUCACAUCAGUUAAAAUUUUCCAACAAGAUAAUGGACAGAAAACAAUCGACGAUGGGAUGCCCACAAGAGACGAAGAACAGGAAGCGAUUGAAGCGUUAGAGGCUAUAUUAGAAAAAGACAAGUUUAAAAAGUUGGUGUAUGAACCGCAAGGGUAUCUGUUACAAACUGUUCAGGAAGGUCAGAGUGGUGAACGAGUCACCAUCGAGGUGGGACCGACGGCUGAGAAAAAAAGCCAGAGGAAAUUUUUGUUCAAGAAAGUCUUAGCGACGGAGAGCUCCAUCAUAGCGUACGAAGCGUUGAGACCAUUAGGGAUUGUAUUUGAGGUGGACACGUUUGGAUUCUUACGAGUGGUCGAUUUUAAUCCCACGUCCAAAGCGUACCAACGCGACGCCGUCCAACGUUUACAACCGGCGACGUCGAUGUCGCAAUCGCCAGCCAUCGGCGACGUGUUGAGAGGCUUCACCGCGGUAUCCAUUAAAUACGGGCCGCGAGCGGCUUUACUCGGAGAUCUAUCUGGAACCAAACGGAUGGUAGUCACCUACGGAGUGGAUAAUCAAACGAGCAGAUCGAUUUUCAAGGCGUUGGCGAGCGGUACGGUAGCAGACGGACCGAUGACGUUAGUGUUGGAAAGAGCGAAGGAUCCGAAAGAGAGGACAAACUGGAAGCCCGAAGAGAUUCCGACGGAAAACGUACGAAGAGAGGCGGAAAAGAAACAAAUAUUCGUCGACGAUGGAUUCUCGACGGCAAAUGCAACGUUUGCAGCGUUAUCUUCCGCAUUUAUAUUGCUCUUAUUAGCCGGCUUUAGUUAA